GUGUUUCAAUGCCCAGGGAUCUCAGGGUCCCUUGAGAUAGUUUUUCUGAAAAGAUUCGUUGUUCUUCAUUUGUAUCUGGACAGCUGAAGACAUUUGCUCCUCAGAUUCUUGGCCUGAUUUGAAUCAAAUCAAAUAAAAUCAAAUCUCUCUCAAAUCAUAUUUGUUUCACCAAAUAUGUUACGGUACUUUCCAUGGAAUUGUAGAAAGAUCACCAAUGAACCCUGAGUCUAGCUGCAGUUCCAGGCUUUAGUUUCUCACUUUCAAAAUGAAAGGUUUGGACUUGAAAAUUUCUAAAGCCCUUUAUUUUUGGCAGUGUAUUAUGUCCUACGUGAUUUUUCCUUUCUCCUCUUGCUGGACACCUGUCUCAUCUUUCCAGGUAUUUUUGUUUGUAUGUUUGUUUCCUUAGGUCAUCUUCCUGGAAGAAGGAGGCUCAGGUGCUAUACAAUAUGUUUGUGCUUCAUGAAUCCCAGAAGCUGCAUAUUCUGUAUGAAUCCCUGGAAAAGAGCAUCCCUGAGUCCUUGAAGGUAUAUGGUGCCGUUUUCAACAUUAAAAAUUAAAAUCCAUUCAACAUGGAGGUGCUGGUGGAUGCCUGGCCAGAUUAUCAGAUAGUCAUUACUCGGCCUCAGCAAGAGGAGAUGAAGGAUGACCUGGAUCAUUAUACCAACACUUACCAAAUCUUCACCAAAGCUCCUGACAAGUUAGAGGAGGUCCUGGCACAGCCCCAGGUUAUCAAUUGGGACCAAGUCUUCCAGAUCCAAGGUUGCCAAGAGAGCUUUCAAGAGGCAAUAAGAAAGAUUUCGGCUUCAAAAUCAGUGCGGGUGGAUUACGUGAAGACGAUACUCAUUAUGACAGAAAUGCCGGUGGAACCCAAUGAUGACCAGGUGGAUGUGAUGGAGUCAUUUAAAAUGCCCAAAGUGGAUGACAAUACCAAGAAAGGAAGCUUUCAGAACAUUUCCUUGGAUCCCUCCCAUGCAGGGCUUGUGAAUGAACAGUGGACAUUUGGGAAAAAUGAUAGGAGCUUGAAAUAUAUUGAACGCUGCCUCCAGAAUUUUCCAGGAUUCGGUGUGCUGGGUCCAGAGGGGCGCCUUAUCUCUUGGAUUGUGAUGGAACAGUCCUGUGAGAUGAGAAUGGGCUACACUGUCCCCAAAUACCGAAAGCACGGCUAUAUGAAGAAAACCAGUGUUCACCUUAUGAAUUAUGUUAUUCAGAAAAAAGUGCCAUGUUAUUUUCAUGUGUCAGAACAUAAAGAAGAAUCCAAUCAGGCACUGAGGGAUCUGAAGUUUAAGGCUGCUUCUUGUGGUUGGCAUCAGUGGAAAUGCAGUCCUGAGAAAUAUUGUUGAUUAGUGCCAUUUUCUAUUGCAAGCCUUCCUCAUCAGUGAAAAAAAGUAUCCGUUCACAUACAAUCAUGAUAAUUUGUAUUAGCACAAAAACAUCCAAUUAUUUUGGUUCCGUGCAUUACUUAACCCAUGCUUGUACAAUAUUUUUGUCUUCCUCCACAUUACAGAGAACUAGAAGCUUGAACUUUCGGUGUUAGGUUUUUCCUUUAUGGUGACAGACAUUUCAGAAUUAAAAUCAUCCAAUGUUAAUCAUUAGUGCCAAGAUAACCCUUUCAGAGCAACAUUUUCCUCUUUGAAGUCUUCUUUCAUGAAAGUCUACUACUUUUUCAUGCUUCUAUGUUUAAGAAUAAAAAGACUGUUUUGAGAAGUGUCUCCUCUGGUAUUCUCUCCUUCCUCUGACAAAAUUUUCCAAAGGACCCUUGAAAAGCCCUCAGCUUUUGAUCCUGCGUGCCCUCUCAAGAGUUUUGAGAUAUUUUACUGAAUUAAAUUAUGUAGCCAUCAGUGAACAUU